AUGCUUCCAAUUGAGGUUGUCCGAUCGUUGGGCUCUCAGUGGCCCUGCCGUGAGGUGCAGACACGCCAGCUUGCCAGUCUUUUCAGCCCUCAUGUGCCUAGUCCUCCCACGGUUGUAGUUCACGGUAUCUCCGCGACGUGCAAAUCGACUAUCCUCCAUGGCGUUCUGUCUACCCUUGAAGUGCCGCACGCCAUUAUCCGCAGCUCGGAAUGUAUUACAGGGCGACACCUUCUGACAAAGAUUAUAUGGAAUACACUUGAGGCCUUGGGCCAGAAAGAAGAGUGGGAGAAAGCUGGCAAGGGACGUUGCGAGCAUGUCAGUGGCUUGGCAGUCCUUCUCGAAGAGUGUUUGGCAGCGCGGGCUUCCGAUCACUCCAAGAAAUUCGUCUUGGUUUUGGAUGAGAUCGAUAGACAACGAGAAGCGCCACAUACCUUGUUGUCCGCGCUAGCACGGCUUGGGGAGAUUAUUCCUUCUCUCUGUGUCGUUCUAGUCCUAAGCUCGACACCGCGGCCGCUUUUUCUUCAAAGUGCAGCUGUUCCGCAUAUCAGCUUUCCUCCAUAUACGCGCAAGGAGGCCAUUGAUAUCAUCCUCACUUCCAACGCGCCGGUCGUUGAUGGCCUUCCUGAAGAGACUUCUCCUCGGAUAUAUCCAUAUUUCGUUUCUACGGUCUAUGACUCCCUAGUUGGGCCGACGGCGGGCUCUAUUCCAAACUUCAAAUCUAUUUGCGAGAGACUAUGGCCGAAGUUUGUUGCGCCUGUGGUGAACGGAGAAGCACCUCCCGGCGGAAACACGGAGUGGGAUUUCUCUAGAUUGCUGGUCAAGAACCGAUCAAUCUUCCGACACCAGGGCGAGUCAGCGCUGGUGCACCGCAUUGUGCCCGAAGAGACAACAACGUCCAUCAUAAAACGGACUCCAUUGUCAAAUGUCACCAUGAUGCCCUCGGCCCUCCCAUCCCUCCCCUACUUUUCAACCCUCAUCCUCACAUCCGCAUACCUAGCCUCCCACACUCCCCAGCGCCUUGACACAAUCUUCUUCUCCAAGUUUUCCUCAUCCUCCCUCUCAGCCCGAAACAAACGUGCCCAUCAUCGCCGCCGCCUGAAAGUCCUCUCUCAAGCCCAAGCAGAAGAAAGACAGGCAGCAAACGACGACCCCUCAACCCCAAGCAAGCGAGGAAAAGGCAAGCGCACAAAAACUCGCAUCACAAAGUCAACUCUCUCAUCCGCCUUCGCAACCUCCUCAGCCAAAACAUCCGCUACAGGUGGCGGCGGUAUAACGGGCCCCUCGACAAUCCUCACAGCCCGCCCAUUCCCCUUAGAACGCCUUCUAGCUAUCUACCACGCCAUCGACCCAAAUCCACCAGCCACGCCUCUCCGCGUUGCAGCAGUCGCGGAUCGUAUUUACGCUGAGCUGGCUACGCUGCGUCGUUUACGUCUUGUUGUCCCUUCUGCUGGGCACAAUGGUGCUGCUAGUAGUAGUGGAAAUACGACUGCUGACGCAGGUGAAAAGUGGACUGUCAAUGUCUCUGGGGAUUGGGUCGGUGAGCUUGCCAAGGGCAUUGGUGUUGAGGUUGGAGAGUGGCUUGCUGGUGGAUUGGAUUGA